UCCACUAGCAAGUCAACGAUAGAUAUUAGAGCAAUAAUAUAUAACACUCGGCGCCUCGGAGGGAGCGCGCGGCGCUGAGGACGGGCCUCAAAGGGAUAUGCAAUCAAAUAAAGCAAAGGCCGAGGCGCUGGGACGGAAGGCAAAGCUUGCCAACUCGUAUCAGGAGCUACUCGACGAAUUUUCGGAUAAGGACCUAAAAAAUGUCGGCAACUACACUCUGGGAAAGCUGAUAGGGAAGGGUUCCUUCGGCAAGGUCUAUCUUGCGAAUCAUAAACUCACAAAUGGAUCCAAGGUCGUCCUCAAGUCAGCCAACAAGGACGACUCCAAUCUCGCCAGGGAAAUCCACCACCAUCGUCAAUUUGUCCAUCCCCAUAUCGCACGGCUAUACGAAAUAAUAGUUACCGAAUCAUUAGUGUGGCUUGUUUUAGAAUAUUGUCCAGGUGACGAGCUUUACAACUACCUUCUCAAGAAUGGUACUUUACCAGUUGAAAAGACCCAAAGGAUAUUUACGCAACUCGUCGGUGCCGUAUCCUAUGUACAUCAACAAUCAUGUGUUCAUCGCGACUUAAAACUCGAAAAUAUUUUGCUCGACAAACACGAGAAUGUCAAGUUGGUCGAUUUUGGUUUUACGCGCGAGUAUGAGGGCAAAGCCAACUAUCUUCAAACGUUUUGCGGUACAAUAUGUUACUCAGCACCCGAGAUGUUGAAAGGGGAGAAAUAUGCUGGCGAGAAGAUAGACGUGUGGAGUUUGGGUGUAAUUCUUUAUGCGCUGUUAUGCGGCGAGUUGCCGUUUGACGAAGACGACGAUAAUAUUACGAGAACGAAAAUCCUAACGGAGGAACCGAAAUACCCAGAACGUUUACCACCCGAUGCUAUUGCUCUAAUCAGGCUCCUACUUUCUAAACGACCGUUACUACGACCUACCCUUCCCGAAAUUCUCUCUCAUCCCUUCCUCGCCGAACAUGCUCCUCAGCAACAAGCAAUUCUCAAGUUACAUCAACCUCCGCCGUUUACAACCCACCUAGAAAAGGACUGCUUACAGCGAAUGCGUAGUGCUGGCGUAGAUAUCGAUGCCGUCAUUGAGAGUGUUCUAGCCCAACGAUGCGACGUACUAGCGGGUUGGUGGACACUACUAUUGGAAAAGGAAGAAAGGAAGGCUCGUCGGCGUGAGAGGAGGAGGAAGGAGAAAGAAUCAGAGAACCGGAAUUCUCGCCGUUUUUCGGCAGCAUCCAGUAAGCUCGAACGAAUGGCACCAAUCCUCGACGAAGACCCUAGCGGAUCUGGAGAACCACCUUUACCUAAGACGAGAGGGCGCCCGGAAAGGAGGAGCGCUCGAUAUAGCGACUCCCAAAUUCCAGAGUUGCCAAACUUGCCCGAGUCACAGGUGAAGGGACAUCUAAGUCCCGAUGGUAGUACACCACCUCCUCCAAUAGAUAAGGAUUCGGUGAGGUCGGUCAGCUCAUCACGACACCAACGUCCUAUACCCCCUCCAAAAGAAGGCAUUCUUCGAAGUGCGAGAUCGAGAGGUUCAACACUGCAUCUUGUGACUACCUCGGAUGCACUAGGAAAUAGCGAGGUUCGGGAGCUAAAUCCUCCCCCGAAAGUCCGGAAAAAGCCUUCACAAGCAAUUGUUGCGACGUGGAAGAAUUGGACACACUGGAUUGUUGAAAACACCAGGCGGCACAAACCUAAUAAGCGAGGGAGCAUGUCUACGCCUAACUUGGCCACUAAGGAUGGACAGUCUGGCAACAAGAACCCAAAAGAUGCUAGCCCUCGACCUCAUACUAGCAAAUAUCCCGCUUCCCUACAAGGUGCUGGAACAUCGAGCGGUGGAAACUCACCAAGUCUACCUAACGGGAAUGCUAAAAGCACCGGAGCAGCUGGUGGUAGUAAUCCAACAAAGAAGCCUGUACCAACACCUCUUAGGACCCCUUCCAACUCGGGACCGCGUCGUAUGCCUUCCGCCGCCUCAUCAUAUAAACGCCAAUCCUUAUCACCAGUCCCACUUACACCUCGUUCAACCAUCCGUCGCUCUUCAACCGGUCUCCGAGGUAGAAAGUCGACCUCGUCUUCUCUAUCAUCUAUUCGGACUAUGCCACAUCACCAUCAUUCACAUUCGAAGGCCAGCUCAACAAGCUCUACGGGGUCAGUAUCAACAACGAAGACACCUGGACGCUCACCACAUCAUUCGGUAAAGGUUCUGCCAGCUACGCCAACAAACAAGUCGUUCCCAUCUAAUAUCCGCCUUGUUCGAGGUCCCGCGCUGUCCUUGAAUUUUAACGAAGGCAUGCCGUCAUCUAAGUCGGGACCAAACCCCCCAGGUUCCCCCAACCCUUUUUCAUCGAAUAGCCCUUCGGUACUUUUCGCUAAGCGUAAACGAAAUAUUUUUAAGGGACCAAUGCUUUCUAUCGGCAGCCAGUCCCGUAGUAGUGGUAAUUCUGGCGGCCAUAGCAGGAGUGCGAGCGCCAGCGGGCUAGGGCGAAGAAGCGGUGAGAUAACAAUUCAGGAAGAAGACGAGGAGGCGGAGGAAGAAAUACCCGAUAUCGAAGCCGAUGAUGACGUUGAGGAGGUUGAUCAGUUUAGCCCCGUUGCGCAUAUUCCCGGACAAAAGAUCGAAGAAAUUUACGAAGUCGAAGGAGAAAUUAAAGAGGCCGUGUUAAAUGCAGCUGCUAGUGUUGAGGCUGGCACAUCUAAAUGAUUGACAUAAGGAGCAAGGACUUGAUACCAUGUAGUAGUACGGACGCAUCAUAUCACAGCAAGCUGUGAUAUCAUAAUGGGGGAUUUCGGAUGCAUUGUUAUAUAGAUAUCUACCUAGGGUAUUUGGUUUUGUCAUUCUCCACUGUCUGGCGGACAGCAGGACAUCGCAAAGGCGACUGGAUCUAUACAGGCCUUAUUGUAUGAUUGGUAUUACCUACGCAUGUUGUACGGGCUUCGAAGGGGAAAGUAUUAUAUAUCAGAUGAGAUAUAUCUCA